AUGGUGUCUGCGGGUUCGCGGACCCAAGGGCGUCAUGGUGAGAGAGAUGCCACGCAGUCUACGCUGAGUCUGGAGACAGUAAAGUUACUGAAGACGCAGGAUGCGGGUUACCUGCGGGUUGUGGGUGAAAAAGUGCGAAGGCAGAUGGAGCAGGUGGAGAAGGAGGUUAGAUUACAAAAUGGAGUGAAAGCAGCCCUGGGCAAGGGUAAACCCGGGGAUGGGCUAGAUGAUGAGGAUGAGGAUGAGGAUGGGGCCAUUGGUGGGAUUACUGCGAAAAAAACUGGGCGGAAGGUCGUUUUUGUAAAUUCUGUCGACGAGCAGAAGAAUUUGGUCGACGGGAUCAACGAAGACGAUGGGGACCAAAGUGAGGAUGAGACCGUGCAAAAGGAUCAGGCGACUGCGCAAAGAAAAUCCAAGAAGCAGCUCGAAGCGGAAGCACGGAUGCGACGGGAAAUUCAAGCUGCUAAAAAGCUGAAAAAGCGAGCCGCUGAAUCAAGAUUGAGAAAGCUUGAAGCGUUGAAGAAGCAGUACCAGGAUAUUGUGGCUGCAGAGCAGGAGCUGGAUCUGCAACGAGCAAAGAUGGAAAAUUCAGUCGGUGGUGUGAACAAGUACGGCGUCAAAUGGAAGGUCAGAGAGCGCAAAAGAUAA